AUGAGGAGUUUAGAAAAUCACCCUGGUGGGUUAUUUCCCACGCUGGUCCCCCCGAGCGCUGGCGGUAACACGAAAUUCCAUACCCGAGAGAUCUCACCGGACAUCCUCACAAACCUUCUGAAAAUCAUCAAACAAGAGGGAAUUGAUCUGGCUCUGCUGUUGCGCAGCAUCUGGGCCAUUGUUCUCCGCCAAUACAUCGAGUCGGACUGGCUGUGCUUCAAGGCGGGGAGCAUGAGCUCAGCUUCCUCUGCCUUGGAUGAGCUGGGCUAUCGAAUUGGCAUCUCGUCACAUGAGACCCCAGAAGGUAUCUGGAGACAGCAGCAAAACAUCACCGGCAUCAGCACGGUGGGCUUGAACUGGGAGAUGAACACUGGUGUCUUUGUAUUCAAGCUGUGCAGCCUUGACCAGGCCCCUGACUGCGAUAAGCACUGGCGAACCAGAGCGAUGUUGCAGCACGCGGUGGAUGCCUGCUUGGUUUUAGAAGAAGUGGACGCCGAUACCCGUCACCUCUAUCUCCUAGCUAAAGGGACAUUACUGUCCCCACAGCAGGCUCAGUAUGUCGCAGACACCAUCGCUCAAGUCACUUCUGAAGUUCUGGACAAGCCGAACCAGACACUCAGGGAUAUCAAUUAUUUUAAUCCCCAGCAUUCGCAAAUGCUACAAGAGUGGAACCACCGUAACAUCUGGCCUGCUGAGGGCGACACUUUCUCUUCCAUUUUGGAUACUAUUCGAAAACACAGUAAGCAGAGCCCUGACGCGCAAGCUAUAAUCGCCUGGGAUGGCUGUCUCUCCUACAGGGAUCUUGAGACACGCAGCACACAUCUCGCAGAGUAUCUGUGCCAUCUCGGUGUUGGCCCGGGUGUCAUGGUGCCUAUGCUCCUGGACCACAGCCAAUGGGUCGUCAUUACCCAACUGGCCAUCCUAAAAGCUGGAGCAGCAUUCGUACCCCUGGAGCCAUCCCAUCCGCAGGAGAGACUGCGAUAUAUAGUGCGCUGUGUGAAAGCCUUCGUAAUUGUGGCAUCCGAGGCGCAUUGCGCUCGGGGUCAGCAACUGGUUGACCGUGUCAUCCCGAUUAGCAGGGGCAUAUGGAGCAAGGUGCAUACCUUAAUCCCUCCCGCAACGUGCAUAACUCCGGCUGCAGACACUCCCGCCUAUAUUCUCUUCACCUCCGGCAGUACGGGGCAGCCCAAAGGCUGUGUUAUCGAUCACCGUGCGAUGGCCCAACUUCCUCAUGACGAUGUAGCGGCAUCUCUGGGGCCUAACUCACGUGUGCUGCAAUUUGCUACCUACAGUUACGUCAUGGCCAUCUAUGAAAUAUAUUGGUGCCUGAGUAAUGGCGGGACACUUUGUAUCCCCUCGGACCAUGACAGGCUGAACAAUCUCUUCGCCGUGAUGGAGGAGAUGCAGAUUACCUGGGCCGUGUUGACUCCGUCAGUACUGCGACGGCUGAACACUAAUACGCCGCCAUCGAAUCUCCAGACACUUGGGCUAGGCGGAGAGGCAUUGGAUGCAGGGGAUAUCAAGGGCUGGGUGCGAAAGGUGCAAAUGUGGUUCGGAUAUGCGUCCAGUGAAGGGACAGCGCUGAACUGCCUCACGGAACUUCACGGACAAUCAUAUGCAAUAGAAUUUGCGCCUACAAGUCGGGUUCGUCACUGGAUUGUUGAUCCCGACAGUCAUCAUAAACUCGCAGCGGUGGGUACUGUCGGGGAAUUGGUCGUUGAGAGCCCCGGGCUUGCUCGCGAAUACCUGGACAAUCCAACAGCCACUGCGGAUGCAUUUUUUGAAGGUCCCGACUGGAGAAAAUCUUUCCGAUAUCCCCAGGACGGGGGUAAGCCAAUUCGGAUGUAUAAGACCGGUGACCUCUUCCGCUAUACGAUGGGCGGCAGCAUGCAAUACGUUGGCCGGAAGGCUACGCAAGUCAAGAUCCGCGGGCAACGCUUGGAUCUGGGAGAAGUCGAAUCCCAUGUGCGUCAACUAUGUCCUGCACCCACCCGCGUGAUUGCAGAGAUAGAUGUCCCAAAGGGAGGAGUGGGGACACCCAUGCUGGCUGUGUUUAUCUGUUCCGAUUGCUAUAUAUCUGAGGAGCCAGAAGCCACUCCGUCAGAUGAGACUUCUCUGUUUGCUAUUCCCUCCGAUCGUUUCCGGGCCGACAUAGCGCAGUUAACACGGGGCCUACAAUCCUCCCUACCAGCGCAUAUGCAUCCCAGUGUCUACAUUCCUUUGCAGCGCUUUCCGGUCACAUUGACGGGUAAAGCAGACCGUCGUCGGUUGCGUGAUCUGAUCCAACAGCAUACUCGUGACGAGUUGCGGUGCUACCAAUCCAUAACGAAUAAUUCAACACCUCCCAGCACUCACAUAGAGCGAGAGAUCCAUGGCCUUUUUGCCGAGGUAUUAGGAAUCAGUGCUGGUGGGUUUGGGGUUCACCAGAGCUUCAUACGUCUGGGAGGAGAUUCGCUCGCCGCGAUGAAGCUGGUGAGCUUGAGUCGUAAGCUAGGUAUUGGCCUGACGGUCGAGCAGAUCAUGGAGAACAAGACUGUUGCCAAACUGAGCAGCAUCGCGUCGGUGGCCAAAUUUACUCCUGUCAACAAAAUGUCGCCUCCGGGACAUGUCCCUGUCGACGCUAAACUUCCGCUCGACUUAUGGGAAGGAAUCGAAGCGGAGCACAUCGAAUCCAUAUCCGCCUGCUCCCCAAUCCAACAAGGAAUCCUAUUGGGGCACAUCCGGAAACCGGCCCACUACCAUAAUCGUAUUGUGUGGGAAGUUCUCGACGCCCCUGCGGGACGAGAUAUUGAUCGAAUGUGCCGUGCAUGGGCGCACGUUUGCCGUCGCCAUCCCAUGCUACGCACUUUCUUUGCGGAGAGCCCAGCUGGGAGCAGCUCCUUGGCCUUGCAAAUCACGCUAAAAAAGGACCACGUAGAGCCUCAGGAUGUCGAAGUGCUCUAUGAGGAACCUGGACUAAGGCCCGACACGCAUCCAUCUCUGACCUCUGGACAGCCCCUGCAGUGGAUUCCUCGAUUCAAAAUUUAUCAGGCUACCGGCGACCGGCUAUAUUGUGCAAUCGAUGUCCAUCAUGCUCAAGUAGACAUGAUAUCCCUGGGGAUCAUUAUCCGGGAUCUGAGGCGUUGCUAUCUGGAUGGGACCGAAUAUGUUGCACAGGGCGACCUGCCUGAAUCUAACAGUGUGUCAUACGCCGAUUAUGCUCAGUAUAUUUUUGCAUGCCAGUCAGAGGAGAGUCUCAGUCACUGGAAGAGCCGUCUAUUCAACGCGGAGCCGUGUGUAUUUCCCCGCCUGCAGCAGGGUCCGUUCGAGGACGCUCGGUCGAACCUUUGCAGUGUCGAACUCCCUCUAGCGCCGGUGAGUGACCGUCUGCGGUCAUUCUGCAAGAAUAUGGAUGUCACUGUGGCCACAGUGUUCAAGCUUGCCUGGUCAGUGGUGCUAAGCGCAUAUACUGGGUCUCGCUGUGUCUGUUACGGUUCGGUGACAGCACUGAGAGAUGUUCCUUUACCGGGAGUCGAAGACCUGGUCGGGCCACUAAUUAAUACACUGCCGUUCUGUUUGAAGUUGAACCCAGAUAAGGGAGUGAUGGAAGCGCUUCGAUGGAUUCAAGAGCUAUUCCUUGAAGAAUUGCCACACCGACAAGUAUCCAUUGCAGAGAUUCAACAUUCCCUGGACAGUAGCAGUGGCCCUCUCUUCAACACCACCAUGAGUUUUGUUGACCGCUUAGACAUUGCGGCAGGCUCCCUAGAUUCGCUACAGCUGGUCUCCUGGUACGGGCCAACCGAGUAUGACCUCCAAGUUGAAGUGACUUCUUGGCCUUCCGUCUCGUGCUGCAUCAGGUACUGGAGCCAUAUGAUGUCCAAGGUGCAAGCAUCUGCCCUGGCAGAUACUCUGUCUAUGACAGUUUCGCAGAUUCUCCGUGCUGCAUCUUCAGGCGAGGCAAUCGGAAACCUUGAUCCAUGUACUACCCGAGAUAUGCAGAAGAUCCUCGAAUGGAAUGGGUCUCCCCCGGAAGCUGUACCGGCGCGGGUGCACGAUCUGAUCAAGGCUCGAUGUGACGAGCAGCCAGAUGCCUUGGCAGCCUGGGCCUGGGAUGGUGCUUUGAGCUAUCGGGACCUUGACUGUCUCUCCUCGAAAUUAGCUAAAAGGCUUAUGGUCCAUGGCGUCGGGCCUGAAGUUUUUGUCGGUAUCUGUUUUGACCGCUGCAAAUGGACGUUGGUAUCGGUGCUCGCUGUCGCUAAAGCCGGGGGUGCAUUUUGUCUGAUGGACUCGUCGCAUCCGACAUAUCGCUUGCGCGAGAUUUGUGACGCCCUGAAAGCAACUUUGGUGAUCACGACACCCACACAUGUUGAAAAGGCAUCCGAGUGCGAGCGUCCUUUGCUGGUAGUGGAGGAAGGUGUGUGUUCUGAAUUGGAUGAUCUACCAGGUGACUCGAAGUUUGAAAACCCUGACACACUCUGUCAAAAUGCAUGUUAUGCCGUGUUCACAUCCGGCUCGACGGGAAAGCCCAAAGGCGUCGUUAUCACACACGGGAAUCUGGCUGCAACAAUUAAGGAUUGUCCUCAGCGGUUGGAUUUGCGACCAAGCGAUCGGUCUCUUCAUUUUGCAUCAUAUGCCUUUGACGUCAGUAUCAUCGAAAUUAUGGUCCCUAUGGUAGUGGGGGCCUGUGUUUGUAUUCCAUCGGAGCAUGACCGUUUAAACAACCUGCCGAAGGUCAUGGCGGACCUUGGAGUGACAUGGGCAAUCAUGACCCCGACAGUGUCUCGGUUACUGGAUCCUCCCAGGCUCCCCAUUCUUCGAACUCUGGUCCUUGGGGGAGAGGCCAUCAUGUCUUAUGAUUUCACAACCUGGCAAGGUUCGGCGACCCUCAUCAGCGCAUAUAGCCCGGCUGAAUGCACGCCGAUUGGCCUUUCCACUAUCGUCCCGGCGGAAGAUCCAAACUGUUUGGGCAAGCCAUUCUCGUCCAUCUCGCCCUGGAUCGUUGACCCAGAAAAUGUUCAGCGGUUGGUCCCGGUUGGUGCCGUAGGAGAGCUCGUCAUAGAAGGAACAGCUGUCGGUCGAGGCUAUCUACACGAUACAGAGCACCGCGAUGACUUAUCCUCACCGUUUAUUCCUCUGACUCGAUGGAUAUCCCAAUUUCGGACCAUCGACGUGUCCAACCCACCUCGGCUGUAUCGUACCGGUGACCUGGUCCAAUAUACAGAGGACGGGUCGGUACGAUUUAUCGGGCGCAAGGACCUGCAAGUCAAGAUCAGGGGUCAGCGACUGGAACUGGGCGAAGUGGAAUCUCGACUCCGGAGCUACCUUUCGUGGGCUGGCGCCAUCGUCGUUGAAGCUGUCGUUUGGAAUCCCCCAAUCGGUCGUGCAGUACUAGUUGGCUUUAUAUCUAUCAGCUCUCCAGAUGUCACAGACAACGCCGAGACAGUAUGUGAGAUAGCCGGAUCGUUCGAUGAUGAUAACAACAGUGUAUAUCAGCAUGACAUCGACAAAGCUUGUUCCCACCUUCAGGACGAACUGCCAAACUGGAUGGUCCCGUCGGUGUUUCUGAGGGUGCAGGGUAUUCCAAUGACCAAAUCUGGAAAGGUUGAUCGACGCAGACUGCGACAACUAGCUACCCUGAUUCCCAGAGAGACCCUGGGGACUUCUGAUGCUGAUGAAUCCCAUCGUCAGGCCCUACUGACCGAAAAAGAGAAACAGCUACAGUUGACUUUUGCGAACGUCCUACGAAUGCCCCCCGGGAAGAUAUUUUCUGACAGUCACUUUUUCCAACUUGGGGGUGAUUCUGUUGGAGCCAUGGAGUUGGUGGCCACGGCGAGGCUACAGAAUAUGGCAAUCACUGUCAGUGAUGUUUUUCAGCAUCCCAGGGUGGGUGAGCUGGCAGCGGUGGCCACCGCUGCCAAUGAUGAGAUGGCCUCCGAGAUUCCGCCCUUUAGCCUUCUGCCUUGGGGCUAUGAAUCAGAGAUUACCUCAUCCGCUGUAGAGCAAUGUGCUCUGUCAAUGAAUGACUUGGAGGAUAUGUAUCCGUGCACCGCCUUUCAGGAAGGCUUAAUGGCUCUUGCUAGUCGGGAAGCUGGCAAGUACGCUCGUCAGUGCCUAUUCGAGCUCGGACGCGAUGUUGAAAUAAAUAAAUUGAAAAGUGCAUGGCAAGCAACAGUCGCUGCCAAUGCCAUCCUCCGCACCCGAAUCAUUCACGUUCAUCCGCACGGUACCUUCCAGGUGGUCCUGAUGCCAGCCGCUGCUCCGAUUGUAUGGCAAAGAUAUGAGACCAUCGAUGAAUGGCGCAAGAAGGGGUCGGAAAUGAACAUGGGACUGGGAACUACAUUGUCUCAUUUCAGCGUACUCAGCUCAGCCCAGGGACAGACCUUUAUAGGGGUCUCUUUACAUCACGCCAUAUACGACGGUGUCUCCCUAACCAGACUGUUUGACCAGGUGCAAAGGGCAUAUAAAAAUGAACGGCUGGCCCCUGCUAAAUUUACACCGUUUAUUCACUCCCUGGUCUCUCAAAAUUCUCAGGAGGUAGAGGAAUUCUGGCGCACAGAAUUCCAUGGACUUGAGACCUCGGUAUUCCCAGAGCUGCCCGAGCCUGGGUUUGUCCCUAACCCUACAGCAAGCGUCGAGAAGGAGAUCCCAUUUUCACGGGCACCACACCUAUCCAAAUUUACCCUCUCGACGGUAAUGAGGCUGGCAUGGGCUCUGCUAGUCUCAUAUUAUACGGAUACUGAGGAUGUAGUCGUUGGCAUCACUGUCAGCGGUCGAGCGCGUCCUGUUCCUGGGAUUAACUUCAUAACUGGCCCUACUAUGGCCACUGUUCCAUUCCGCACGCGAAUAUGUCGUGAUGAUCUACUCCUCGACGCUCUUCGUAAUGUGCAAGAUCAUUCACGGCGAACGAUUCCCUUCGAGCAGGCAGGUUUGCAAAGGAUCCGAGAGCUCAGCCAUGAAACAAGGGCUGCCUGCGACUUUCGGUCACAGUUGGUCAUUCAACAUGACGAGCAUAGCCAGGCCUCUUUGGACGUGAUGAUACUGCGUGAUCAGCUUGCGGACUAUGCGGCAUUUCUCAACUACGCCUUGGUCAUUGUGUGCACCCCCUCGACAGCAAACCAAACGAUUGGCGUAACUAUUCAGUUCGAUCCGCAAGUUGUACCGCCGGCGGCCGCAGAUCGGCUGCUGAGCCAAUUCUCCCAUAUCGUGAACCAGAUGUGUGCGCCAACUAAUUCCAACCCUAGGCUUAGCGAUAUCGGGACAAUAACGCCCCAAGAUUGGUGCUCACUACGACAAUGGAACGGCAACCUUCCACUUGCCUACCCCCAUACACUUCAUCAUCUUGUACUCUCCCAGGCGGAGACCACGCCCGACAGACGCGCUGUGGAAUCGUGGGAUGGAACCUUGACAUAUGCGGAACUAGAUUACUUUUCGGGCAGGCUAGGGCAGCAUCUGUUGACCUGCGGACUGAAACAGGGUUCUCGGGUGAUUUUGCUUUUUGAUCGCUCCCUGAUAUCGGUAGUGGCAAUGCUGGCAGUGCUUCGGUCAGGAGGUGUUUGUGUCAACAUUGACCCAUUCCUCCCACAGGCCCGCCUUGCUCAGCUAAUACGCCAAGCACGGCCCUCAAUGGCUAUGGCAUCAUCGGAAUAUCGGUUGUGGGAGGCAGAUACAAUGCCGAUACCUCUUCUCGACGUUGAAUCAUUGGAUACCAUCCCACGCGUCGCAAAGGACAUUGCCUGGCCAAUUGUGCACUCGACUGACCUCGCAUUUCUUCUCUUUACUUCCGGCAGCACUGGAAAUCCUAAAGGCAUUAUGGUUGAACAUGGAAAUUGCGCUACCGAUAUUAAUCACUACAGUGCUUUCUUGGCCAUCACCCCAGAAAUCAGAACGUUACAUUUCUCUAGCUAUGCAUUUGACGUGAGCAUCUACGAGGUUCUGACACCCUGGAUGCACGGUGGUUGUCUGUGUAUUCCAUCAGAGUCUGCACGGCUGUCAGAUUUACCCGGUGUCAUGCGGAAAUACCAGGUCAAUUUUUCCAUCUUGACCCCUUCGGUGGUAAAUGCGCUACACCCGAGUGACAUUCCGAGUAUGCAAACCCUCGCCAUCGGCGGUGAAGUGAUGCCCGCGGCUAUGUUCGACCGCUGGGCCUCUCAUGUACGCUUGUUCAGCAUGUACGGCUCCGCGGAAGCCACCCAGUGUGCCGCUGUUCAUCUAGCUCCCACAGACCAGUUUGUGCCCGGUCUCUUUGGUGCUAUGGUUGGCGCCUCGGGCUGGGUCACGGUCCCUGGCAAUCCAAGCCAGCUUGCCCCAAUUGGUGCGGUGGGCGAGCUCCUCAUCGAAGGUCCAGUUGUAACUCGGGGCUACUUUGACGAGCCGGAACAGACGCAUGCAUCCUAUAUCAAACCCCCAGACUGGUUGCAGGAGUUUCGCGGCCCCGCUGAGCCUGGUCGGCUCUUCCGCUCCGGAGACCUGGUGCAGUAUGUACCUAACCAGCCAGGCUGGCUACGCUACAUUGGGCGCAAGGAUAAACAAGUCAAAAUCCGUGGACAACGGGUUGACCUGGCGGAAGUUGAGCACCAUGUCAACGAGAUACUCCCUGCAGGCAGCCAGGCAAUUGCCGAGGCCCUGUUCCACCACUCAUCUCCAGGGCGUUCGGUGCAGCUCGCUGUAUUCUUGACCAUGGGUUCACAGUCGACCGUCGAGGUCGACAUUAUAUGCACCCUCAAUGAGCCAGUUAAGCGGCUCAUAGCUGAGUUACAGCAGCAACUCUGUAAGCGUCUUCCCUCAUACAUGGUCCCUACCAUGUUCUUCCCGGUAUCCCAUGUUCCUCAAACAUCGACCGGCAAGGCCGAUCGGAACCGGCUGCGGCAGUUGGUUGAAGGGUGGACGACCGAGCAGCUGCUGCCGUAUCACCCGCUCAGUACCGAUUCAACGCAUGCACCCGUAGAGACAGCUGAGGAGCGCACCUGGCAGCGCCUGUGGUGCGAGGUACUCUGCGUUCAUGCCGAGAUUAUCGCCAGAACUAGCCAUUUCUUCCACCUUGGCGGCGACUCCGUUCGAGCGAUGAAGUUGGCCGGAUUAGCGCGACGUGAGGGGUGGAUAAUAGCUGUGCCAGAUAUUUUCGCUCAUCCAACGCUAUCUGAAAUGGCGAGUCUUGCCGUACCCUCCAAAGGUGUGUCGGCUCCAUCUCCAGACCCUUUUAGUCUGGUAGGAAGCGGACGGAGGACAUCAGACCUGAUCGACACGGCUACUCGCCAGUGCAGCAUCACCCAAGGUGAUAUAGAGGAUAUCUAUCCUUGUACCCCACUCCAAGAGGCUCUCAUAGCGUCAACAGUACAGAAACCCGGCACCUAUCAGGCGCUGGAAGCUUUUGAUUUGACCGCCGAUGUGGAUUUGACACUCUUGAACAUGGCCUGGCACAAGACAGCCGCUAUCCAUGCUAUCCUCCGCACGCGAAUCAUGCAAGAGCAUACUGGCGAAUUGUUCCAGGUGGUAGUAAAAGGCCCAUUAUCAUGGACCGUGGAACAAGCGGAUGAAAUCUCUGAUGAUGAGCUAAUGCAUUUCCAGCGCACUAUGGGUAUUGGAACCCCAUUGAUUCAUCUGGUCCUUCUACAAUCCGCUCGAUCAACAUUACCUGAUCGUCUCCUGCUUUCGGUACAUCACGCAUUGUACGAUGGAUGGUCCCUGCCCUUGCUUCUCGAGGAGGUCAAUAAGCAAUACCACGAUCCAAACUGGCCCCAUGACCCAACCCCAGGUUUCAACGUCUUUGUUUCCCAUGUAGCUAAGUCGGUGGAUGAGUGCCACGCGUUCUGGAAACAGGAGCUGGAAGCGAAGACAGAAGCUCCGGCAUUUCCACGUUUGCCGGACGGGGCAUACGUUCCAAACCCGCAGGCUAUCUUGCAAGACCGAGUCUCAGUGAGCCCGGCGCAGGAUGGAAGUGAAAUAACCCUUGCAACUAUGAUACAGGCAUCUUGGGCGUUAACUGCGAGUUGCUACUUGAACGCGAACGAAAUAGGGUUCGGGAUCACCACCUCUGGUCGAGCUGCUCCUGUUCCAGGAAUUGAUCGACUGUUAGGGCCUACGCUGGCUACACUGCCCCGACGUAUACACAUCCAGAAAAAGCUGGAUGUCAAGACAUUUCUGCAGCAAUUACAGCGGAGCUUUACAGAGCAGUCCAAGUAUGAAUACAUUGGGUUGCAGCAGAUUCGGCAGCUGGGGCCAUCAUCCGCCAGCGCGUGUCGCUUUCAGACCCUUCUGGUUAUCCAACCCGAACCGAUGGAGGGCAAGCUGGAUUGGGCUGAAAGCCGCCAGAGUGUGGCCAAGUUGACGCACUUUAGCAGCGUUGCGUUGACCCUUAUCUUCCAACUCCCCUCUAACUCUUCCCCGACGUCUAUCGGCCUGAUAGCCGUGUAUGACCCUGAAGUAUUGGCACCCGCACAGAUGCAACAUGUUCUGUUGCAAGUUAAGCAUAUCUUCGGCGAGCUGCAAAAAGCCCCGGUGGGGUCUCCGAUAGCCUCCCUCAGUAUGCUGAACCCCGGCGAUGCCGCAGAAUUGCAACGGUGGAAUACGCUCACUCUCCCUACCCGAAAGCACCAAGAUCAAAUAUUUGUGCAUGACAUGAUACGGCGUCGAUGCCAGCUACAACCCGAUGCUGUAGCCGUUCAGGCAUGGGACGGAAGACUCACCUACGGAGAGCUGUAUUCGUACACAGAAUAUCUGGCUGUAAAGCUACAGUCAUACAAUGUUCACAAGAACCGUUUUGUUGCUCUCUAUUUCGAGAAGUCAUGUUGGACCGUUGUCGCCCAGCUGGCAGUUCUGAUGGCCGGAGGGGCCCUCGUGAUGCUAGAGCCCUCUCACCCCAUCAAUCGCCAUCGAGAGACCUGUCAGAUUCUGGAUGUCACCCUGCUCCUCGGUCCUCCCCACCUCACAGAAUCGUUGCAACAAGCGCUCCAGGUUGAGAUCAUCCCUAUCAGUGAGGCUCAUCUCACCGCAGUUGACGAGAAACACCUAUCAACUGAUAAUCCUGUACAAUCGGAUGACCUCAUGUACGCUAUUGCUACGUCUGGGACUACCGGCCGUCCUAAGCUGGCAUUGGUUCAUCAUGGAGGAUUCGUUGCCAGUGCAAGGGCGCUGAUCGAUCAGUUUAAACUUCGGGAAUCAUCUCGGGUUCUCCAGUUCUCCAGCUACGGGUUCGAUGCGCACUUGCUAGAACAACUGCUUCCGCUAGUUGUAGGAGGUUGCGUCUGUGUCCCAUCCCCGUAUGACCGUGACAACCGACUGGUGUCCACUCUGGCCACCAUGAAGAUCGAUUGGCUAAUUGCGCCGGCAUCUGUCAUCUCCUUACUUUCUCCGGACAAUUCUCCGUCCAUCCAGACUUUGGUAUCUGCGGGCGAACCAUUGCAGCAAGAAAUAAUUGACAUGUGGGCUACUCGAGUCAAUCUCAUAAAUGCCUACGGCCCAGCGGAGUGUAGUGUUGUGUGCUCAGUCAACCCAAGUGUAAGACUUGGGACCGAUCCUAACAAUAUCGGAUACCCGGUCGGUGGCAACUUUUGGAUCGUAGACCCGGAUGAUAUCAACUCUGUCUUGCCAAUUGGCGCCGAAGGAGAACUCCUGGUCGAAGGGCCUGUUGUUGGUGUCGGAUAUGCGAAAGACACCCGACGCACAGAAGAUGCAUUUCCAUCAACACCGCCUCACUGGCUCCGCUCCUCUCGCGGGGUUUCAGUUCACACGAGAAUCUACCGCACAGGAGAUAUCGCUCGAUAUAACUACGACGGUUCUCUGCAUUACGUUGGUCGUAAGGACUCACAAAUCAAGUUAAAUGGGCAGCGGAUUGAGCUCGCCGAGGUGGAACAUCACGUCCGGCUAUGUUUCCCAAGUGCCGCCCAGGUAGUUGUUGAUAUGGUAAAAUAUGACGAUGCUGAUACUAGCUCCCUCGUUGCCCUCAUCGUCUCGACUGGGUCGGGCUUUCCAGCGCCUGAAUCAAACAUCUUGCUCCCAACAACCACAGAUUUCCUCAACGAUGUUCAACUCGCGGAAGCACUUCUUCAGGAUCGCAUCCCACCUUAUAUGAUCCCGACGCUGUUCGUGCCGGUGGCACGAAUACCAUUCAAUACUAAUGGCAAGGUAGAUCGGGUUCGUCUGCGAACCUUGGUUGCUUCUUUGUCCAUUCAGGAUCGUACAGCCUAUCGUUCCACAGCCACAACAGAACCUACCACAGAUUUAGAAGUUACUCUUCAUGAGAUCUGGUCCCGCGUUUUGAGGAUUUCCCCUCAGAAGCUUGGCAUUCAUGAAAGCUUCUUUCGUGUAGGCGGCAAUUCAAUCAGCAGUAUGCAGCUCGCGGCACAGUGCAACGAGGCUGGCCUACCAGUAUCCGUUCAGGAUAUCUUCCGUCACCGAACAAUUUCGCGGUUGGCAGCAUCAUUUGAGGGUCAUUCGGUCCCGGUGAACAUAUCCUCCGAUAUCAAUAGCCAAGAUGAUUUUCUAGGCCCAAUCCAGCGGCUGCUACCUGAAGAUGAGCACUCCAGGGCUCUGGGGGAUUUGCAUCUUGCUGAUUACACUGAUAGCCAGCUCGACGAGAUAAGUCAGGCCCUUCCGCCCGGAUAUGAAGGAGAGAUACAAGAUAUAUACCCCUGCUCCCACGUGCAGCAGGGCAUGCUCAUCAGCAAUGCACGCAACUCCAGCCUCUAUCAGCAGGUCUAUCGCUUUGAGGUGGUUCAAGGCCGGGGUGCACCCAAGGUUGACUGUCAGCAAUUGGUGAGGGCGUGGCAUGCGGUGGUCAAGCGCCAUGGAGCCUUGCGGUCCGUUUUUCUCUGUAUACCGGGGAGAGGGUUCCACCAGAUCGUGCUCGCCAAUGCAAGAGAUAAUAUCAUAAUUGCGGCUGACGGCAACCGUAGCAGUACAAACAACCACAAAAUACCUGGUACACAAGAUCUGCAUCGUCCUUUGCCAACUCUAAUCAUUCACCAAGAGCCUGAUGAGCAGUUCUGGAUUGAAUUGCACAUAAGUCAUGCUCUUCUGGAUGGAGUGUCGCUGCGAGUCAUCGAACAAGACCUCCUCAAAGCAUACUACGACAAUUUACCCUCUUCAUUACCUGACUAUCGGGAUUACAUUACCUAUCUACGGGCAAGGGGAAAACAAGAGAUAUCUCUGGGCUACUGGAGAAAAUACCUGGAGGGCGUGCAACCAUGCCUCUUUCCGUGCCUCUGCGACUCUACGGCGACAAUGAUAGACGUAUCGGAGCCAAAGGCAACAGUCGACUUCGUGUCGCUUGACUUGGGCCCUCCGAAGGCUCUCGAUCAAUUGUGUGAGACUCAUUGUCUGAGCCUCACCGCCAUCUUGCAUGUGGUCUGGGCCAUUGUACUGCAACAAUAUACCAGAACGGACAAUGUGUGCUUUGGAUAUGUCACCUCCGCGCGGCAGGUCCCCGUUCCUCAUGUGGAUGAAAUUGUUGGUCCAAUGAUCAACAUGCUGCCGAGCCAAAUCCAACUCUCCAGGGAUUCAUCAGUGCUAUCCACACUACAGGGUUACACUGUUCAAUUCAUGUCCUGCAUGGAGCAUGCUUACGUCUCACUAGGACAGAUAUUGCACUCUGCUAUGCCCAGUACACAAUCACUAUUUAACACAGUGAUAACUAUUGUUGAGCCUGGAGACCGUAGGGACGAUGCUAAUAAUCCCUGCUUAUCGUUGGUUGGUAUCGAUGGACAAGGGGAGACAGAGUAUGCGUUGGCUUUGACCGUUUCCAAAACAUCAGGCCGCAUGGAUUUGCACCUUUCAUACCAAACAUCUAUGGUCAAUGCUUCCCGGGCCCAUGAUCUAUGUUUGAUGUUUCGAAAAGUCCUAUGCGAGGUCUUGAAGUGGCCCACGGCCAAUAUUGGCAGCAUAGAUGUUCUGGAUAUGGGUCAGGUACAGCGGAUGCAUUUGAGGCAGCCAUUCCCACCAGCUUCGGCAAAUCAAAUGGUAUACGAAAGCAUCAGUCAGCGAUGCGCAGACCAACCACUUUCACCGGCCGUCUGUGCCUGGGAUGGCGAAUUCACCUACGAGCAACUUGAUAAGCUCUCGUCAGGAUUCGCGCAAGAGAUCCUUGCCUAUGGAGUUAGACCGGAGGACCCGAUUCUGGUAUGCCUGGAAAAGAGCCGCUGGGUCCCGGUGGCUAUGCUGGCAGUCUGGAAAGCUGGGGCAUGUCUAGUCCUUCUGGAUGCCACCCAUCCAGCUACUCGGUUGCAAAUCAUUGCAAGGCAGACUGGCGCAUCAAUGGCAAUUUCAAAUAAGAGUACCCGCUUCAAAGCAAGCAGCCUGUGCUCAAUAGUAUUGCAAAUCGAUGUUGACGGCCCGUGGGCUCGACAGAUUGAUCCCUCACUGGCUGAGACGGUCUAUGUUGGGGAAAACAGCGCCGCAUACAUUGUAUUCACUUCUGGCUCGACUGGAACACCCAAAGGGGCUGUGAUCGAGCAUGCUUCCCUUGCCAUUGCGUGGAAGACCCUUCCCCUCCGCUUCCAGUUAGGACCUACAUCGCGUGUUCUACAAUUUGCCUCCCAUGCCUGGGAUGCGGCAGUGCUCGAUGUCAUGGCCGCAUUGAUGUCAGGGGGUUGCCUAUGUAUUCCCUCGGAAAGUGAACGUAUGGGUAAUCUGGCCUCCGCUACGAAUCGUAUGAAGGUUAAUUGGAUGUUUUUGACGCCAACCGUCGCCCGUCUGCUUAACCCUAGCGAACUUUUGUAUCUCGAGACUCUGGUUCUUGGCGGGGAAGCGGUUACCACAAGGGAUAUUGAUGACUGGCAUGACAAAGUCUGUCUCCUGAGCGCAUACGGGCCAGCGGAGUGUACGCAAAUUAUGAGUGUAACUAGGCCACUAGCCCUGACUUGUGAUGCGCGGAACAUCGGCAUCCCAAAUGCCAGUGUUGGGUGGGUUGUACGCCCGAACGACCCUGAACAGCUUGUCCCUGACGGUGCUGUUGGUGAGCUGCUCAUUGAGGGGCCCAUUGUUGGUCGGGGCUAUUUGUACGACCCUCGGCCUAUUCCCGAUGCCUUCAUUGAGGCUCCUGAGUGGCUGCAGGCCCUUCGCUCCCCGGGUACGACUCGGGUCUACAGAACUGGUGAUUUGGUUCGGUUUGCAGCUGACGGGUCACUCAUAUUUGUCGGGCGCAAGGAUGACCAGGUGAAGCUACACGGCCAGCGGUUGGAGCUGGGCGAAGUUGAACAUCAAGUUCAGCAAGCUUUCCCCGGUUGCAUAAUGGCCAUUGAUCUCAUCCAGCCCGAAAAGGAGCGACAAAUAGGUCCGUUUCUCGCGGCAUGUAUUUUCAUUCCCGGCCAUGCUCAUGAAUCACCACCCCAAGGUCUCAUUUGGGACCCCCCUUCGGAUACAUUCCGAAGCAAGGUCCAAGAGGCUAAAAUGAUUCUAUAUGAGAAACUGCCUUCCUACAUGGUUCCUUCUGUUUUUCUCCCAUUGUCAUACCUGCCCAAAGCGGUGACAGGAAAGGUCGAUCGAAAGCUUCUCCGCAAGGGUAUCUGUGAUAUGUCCCAAAAGGAACUCGACGCAUAUAGCUCCCCGGAUGCCAACCGGGCAGCCUGGGUUUUGACCCUGAUGGAGACACGCUUGCAGGAUCAUAUCUCCAAUAUUCUCCCCAGGAAACCCUGGCAGAUUCCACCAGAUCAAGACCUAUUUCAGCUGGGAAUGGAUUCGGUGCUAGCCAUGACUCUCAUUGCAAGACUGUACAAGGACGGUCUCAAGCUAACAAUAAAGGAUAUCUUUGAGCAACCCCAGCUCACUAGACUAGCUCUUGUGGUGCGAGAGACAUCGCAGUCAGACCAAAGUGUCAAGAAAGUACGCAGUCGCAGCCCCUUUCUGCGUUAUGCAAAGGAGAUUGCCCAUAAAUGGAAGAUGGAUUCGGCCUCCAUCGAACACAUUCUGCCAACUACUUAUUUCCAGCGAGAGAGCUUGGAGGCGCGACACAAAGUGUACUUUAUCUUCCAUUUCCACGGCAAGAUCAAUUGUCAGCGUCUUCAGCAUGCUGUGCAGGUUGCUCUGAACAAAUAUGCUAUACUGCGAACGGUCUUCAUCCCUUGGGACGGGUCUACAAUUCAAGUUACCUUAGGUCUCGCCACCGUACCGGUGGAAAUCAAAACUACCGAUGGGGAUCCGGCAGAUGUAGCAGGAUCUGGUUGCCGCGAGGAUUCCUCAAUACCCAUUGCUCCCGGCCAGCUACACACCCAGCUUCGCUUGACGGUGGGGCCCACCCGUGAUUCAAUGGCCCUCCGAUUGUCACAUGCUCAGUAUGACGGCUUGAGCAUUCCUCGCCUGUUCGAAGACAUUGCCCGGGCAUAUCAGGGGAUGAUCCUAAGUCCCACGACGGUGGACUUUCCGGAAUACUUGUACAGUCGCAUCUAUGACAUUCCUUCACAGGCAUACCAAUUCUGGCGCGAUUUGCUCCGAGGUUCCAGCAUGACCUAUCUUGUUCCUGGACCAUCGUCAGGUUCGCCGCCGUCCCACAAGCGCGGAAGCCUUACGACGAGCACCACGGAGAUCUUUCACCCGCCGGCACCAGCUGGGAUCACCAUGGCCACCGUCGUCAGGACAGCUUGGGCGCUUUGCCUGGCGCACAUGACCGGUACUGAUGACGUCGUCUUCGGUCAGCUCGUCAACGGCCGCAAUCUGGAGCUACCGGAGGCCGAAGCAGUUGUGGGAGCCUGUGUUAAUUACGUGCCAGUCCGAGUGACUCUUCCAGCUGCCUGCACCGUGUCAAACCUCCUGCGCGCAGUUCACGAGCAACAGACCCAGAGCAUGGCCUUCGAGACUAUUGAAUACGACGAUCUGGUGGCAAAGUGUACUUCAUGGCCGGCAGACACAGAACCAGGUACCGGGAUUCACUACGUGAACAUCCCUGAUGUAUUUGCUGGUAGCGGCCUGCCCGGGGUCCAGUCGGACCAUGAAACAUAUGUAUUCCGCUUGCCUCAUUAUCAUCCCCGUGUGGUCUGUAGUCCCCUCUCGAAGGGCACUCUUGAGCUUAAGCUUUAUGUUUCGGAUCAUCUGUGGGAUCAGAGUCAAGCUGAUCAGACUCUACAUCUGUUUGGGCAGGUCGUGGUGCGCCUGCUGGAGAACCCAACGGGUCUGGCUCUCGACGUUUUGAAGCAUUAG